GUCCCCUCCCCCUCCCUUUCCCCCCCGGAGCCCCCGAGGGGCCGGAGCUCCAGGCUGUGCGGGAUUCCAGCCUCGGCUACUCUAGGUUGGUCUGCCACAAUGUCUGAAAGAUCAGAUCUCCUUCGCUUCAAGUUUGAAAAUUAUGGAGAUUCAAUGUUACAAAAAAUGAACAAAUUAAGAGAAGAAAAUAAGUUUUGUGACGUCGCAGUUCACAUAGAUGAUAUUGAGGUUCAGGGACAUAAAAUUGUGUUUGCUGCAGGCUCACCCUUCCUAAGAGACCAGUUUUUACUGAAUGAUUCCAGAGAAAUAAAGAUUUCCAUAUUGCAGAGUUCAGAAGUGGGGAGACAAUUGCUGCUAUCCUGUUAUAGUGGCAUUCUGGAAUUUCCUGAGAUGGAACUGGUAAAUUAUUUGACAGCUGCAAGCUUUCUUCAGAUGAGCCACAUUGUAGAACGAUGUACACAGGCCCUUUGGAAGUUUAUAAAGCCCAAGCAGCCCUUGGAGGGCAAAGAGGAAUGUGAACAGCAGAGUGAUUCUUCAGAGUCAAAAGAACAGCAGGUAGAUGACAGAGACUCACAGGAGCAGGACUCUCCCUGUAUUCAGCCCUCUGAGGAUAGUAUGGACAUGGAGGACAGUGACAUUCAGAUUGUUAAAGUAGAAUCAAUUGGGGAGGUUUCAGAAGUUAGGAAUAAAAAAGAUCAAAAUCAGUUUAUUUCUUCUGAACCAACUGCUUUACAUUCCUCAGAACCCCAGCACUCCUUAAUUAAUUCAACUGUGGAAAACAGAGUAAAUGAAAUUGAACAAAACCAUCUCCACAAUUAUGCCCUUUCUUAUGCAGGUAGUGAUAACAUCAUUAUGGCCUCUAAAGACUUGUUUGGUCCUAAUAAUCGUGGCGUAGAAAAAGGCCUUCAGUGGCAUCAUCAGUGCCCAAAAUGUACCAGGGUGUUCCGUCAUCUAGAGAACUAUGCCAACCACUUAAAAAUGCAUAAACUCUUUAUGUGUUUACUCUGCGGAAAGACUUUCACUCAGAAAGGCAACCUCCACCGACAUAUGCGAGUACAUGCAGGCAUCAAACCUUUCCAAUGUAAAAUCUGUGGGAAAACCUUCUCUCAGAAGUGCUCCUUACAGGAUCACCUUAACCUUCAUAGUGGAGAUAAGCCCCAUAAAUGUAACUAUUGCGACAUGGUUUUUGCACAUAAACCAGUUUUGAGGAAACACCUGAAGCAGUUGCAUGGUAAAAACAGCUUUGAUAAUGCUAAUGAAAGAAAUGUGCAAGACCUCACAGUGGAUUUUGAUUCUUUUGCUUGUACCACAGUCACAGAAACUAAAGGGUGCCAACAGCCUCCUGAUGCAUCCCAGGUAUUAGAUGCAGGUAAACUGGCCCAGGCUGUACUGACUAUAAGGAGCGAUGGUACCUGUGUUAAUUAAGUAGAGUUAUAUGCUUAACUAAUGAUUGACCAAGAGAGCAUGAAAAACAGUUAAGUCUGUAUCUUGGAGGUGGGGAGUGGGGAGCAUUAUGGUUAAUUUGACUGAUGUAUACAGUUGGCUCAAUGAAAGCACCUGGUAAGUUGCUACUUCAAGGUGUUUUUAGUACCUUUUCACCCUGUUUGGGGUGAUGACUUUUCUUCCCAUAAGUAUUUGUUUUUCUUUCUUGAGAAUUACUAUACUUCAGGUAGAUCACAUUGACUCGUUUCUGGCUGGUCCCAUUUCUGGGUGUUUUGUGGGGCAUGGUAACAACAAAUUAACCUCAACUACUUUUCAUCAAUAGAUGCUAUGUUAGGAGAAAUGAAAAACUGUAGAUUGUGAACAAAAGUGGCUGAAAUUUUUUUUAAAAAACCCUAAUUUUAAUGUUUUACCUUUGAUAUCAGAUAGAAUGAACCACUGGCUGCUCAAUGGUUAAAUUAAUUUGUUUUUGUUAAACAUCUUAUUUCAUCCACAAACUCCAUAUGAGUUCACUUUGAAGUUGUUUACAUGAAAUAUAUUUAGUUCAUUUUAUAUACUUUUAAACAGUAUUAAUACUUGAUUUCCAUUCUCUUAAGUUAUUCACAUGGAUCAGGUAAUACACAUUGGUUUUUUUCAGCAACACCUGCCUGCACAAGUAGAGAUCACCAUCAGUAUCCUUAUACUCACAUAUAAAAGACAGCAGUUUAAAUAACUGUGUAACGGAGUGGAAACCUUUGGUUUUUCAAUUAGAAUAUUAUAGGAAAAGGCCAAUUGCCUCUAAUAACUGUUACUUCUCUAUUGAUUUUCUUAAAGCCAGGACAACAAAUGGCAUGCUUAAUGGAUGUGUUGAAGAGUAAUGAUAUUUAAAAAAUAAAGAACACAACAUUUUUUUAAAGGCUACUUGGUAGUUGACAUACUUUGUGUCAGCUGAGCCACAUUCAUAGUGAGUGAUAAGAAAAGUAUACAACCCAAUAUUUUGUAGAGCAGACUCUGAAAUCUUGGUAAAUUAUCAGUGUACUUUUCUGUAGUCAUGGUGUACUUCCAUUCCUAAAAUGACUGAAAAAUCCAUAAUGAAUCACGAGGCACAUAUUGUAAUCAGUUUUUUCUCUUUAAAGGUGGCCAAUCUUAUCUCCAUACCUGCAACAGACCCACUAGCACUUCAAUUCAUCUGUUUAGAUUUUUUUUUCUUUACCUCGAAUAAAAUUGUGGAGUCUUAGCUGUUGUAUGACAUCUGAGUUAGAUUUAGAUAGUCAUAGGAUCAUAGAAUGUUAGAGCUCAACUAGUCUAAUUCCUUACUGUAGACGAGGAAACUUAUUUCCUGGGUAGGAAAUUUCUUACCCUAUGUCAUUUAAAACUGUCCAUAGGGAAUCACAGCAUCAGAGACUUAGGUGAAGGCCAGGUUUAUUACAAGAGAAAUGAACAUGAAUGGGAACCCAAUGGACUCAAAGUUUUUACAGAAGUUUUCACUUUUAUAAUAGCAGGACAAAGAGAAGAGGGGAUACCAGAAAGGGAGGUUGUAACAUGGGAGGGAGAACAGUGCAUCAAAGGGGAGGAGAGGGGCAACUACAAAAGCCUCAUUCUUUUCCCUUGGGAACAACUAAACUAUGAAGAUAGGAGAGUCCUCUUAUCAACAGAAGACCCCAGCUGCACAAGUUGUAUCCCAGCCUGGCACAGACAGCUGGAGCCUGUCUUGCUUCCCAAAGACAUACAAGAGUCCAGCUUGGGAUACAACAACAAAUUAUGUCUACUCAGAGAGAGCUUAGUCCUUGAUUAUAUUCAGGGCCUUGUGCAUACUCUGAGUCCAGUGUUUCUGAAAAAUAUGGCAACUCAAAAAGACAUAUUCAAGGGAUCCCCUUAACAAAACAGUUUUUACUCCAUGUGUUCUUCAAGGUUUUCUUAAUAGCUAAACUAUUCGAUAUUCAAGAUAAAGUAUGACAUGUUAACUAGAGAUUUUAUAUUUCCUCUUUAAAUCAUUGCUGGGUUUUAGGCCAGGAAACAGCCCAGUGUUUACUAGCUAUCACAUAGGGAUUUAUUCCCAUUUAGAAGCUCUUUUUUGGUUGAAAAGGACUGCUUUGAACAAUAUUUUAUUCUUACAAACUAGUGAGAUGAAUUUUCUUAGUGGCAGUGGGCUUAUUUGCUGUAUCCACUUUGACAAAUAAGAAUAUGUGGUGGGAGGGAAUCAAAUGGGGAAGAAACUCAGAUGCUUUCUAAACUAGAUUGUGUUAAUUUCCAUCAAGUUUAAAAACUUUUAUAAUUUGAGUGCAUUUAAAGAAAUGUAGCUGGUUUGAGAGAAUCUCUGUUGUUGGUAUAUUGGAUGCUGUUUUUUGUGAAUUCGGUUGGAAGCAUUACAUUGAUCAAUAUUGUUUAAAAAAUACUGUCCCAUGCUAUUUGCUAGACAAUUUAAAAGCAAAACUCCUUGAAUGGUAGAGCCAUUAAAGCACUUAAAACCUGGUUAAUAGAUUGUGAUGCAGCUGCUCCCUGACAAUAUCUAAUUUACAAAGUUUAACUGAAGGUACCAAUGCUAUGCAACAAUGAGAAGCUACAACAGGAUAUUGCAACCAUUUUGUUUUAUGUUUGCUUUGGGCAUCAUUUAAUUACAGGAAAAUUACAUGGCAUAGUCAAGAGACUUAGUUUAUUAACUGAAAGCUGUGCUGUCAUUCUUGUGAUGUCUUUUUCUUAUUGAGUUGACUAAAUAGCCAAGAGUUCAAAGUUAGAUACGGCGCUUUUACUGAGGACUAGACUUUCUGAGUUCUUAUUAGAAAACAUAGGCUAUUGAGGGCUAGUCCAACCUCCUCAUUUUUCAGAGGAGUACUAAGUUGGUUAGUGACAGAACUGGGACUUACCAGGGUCUCAAAGUUUCUUAGUGGCAGACUCAGUGACCGGUACUAAAAUCCGCCUCUUGACUCUUACCCAGGCCAGUCUUUUCUCUAUUAUACCACAGUUGCCUCAUGUGGUCUUUGACUUAACAAGAAGGAAUAAUAAAGAAAACUACCUUGGAUUAUUAAGAGCACUUAAAUGUAGACAUCCUGACACUUUGUCUAUUUACCAUCAUUAUUUCCUCCUAGAAAAACUUUUAGUUCGCACUUCUGGGCAAAUAUAAAUCACUGAAGUGACUGAACUCUCCUCCAAUUUUUAGCUGGAGAGGAAGCCCCUUUCAUUUCUGUGAGAUUUUCUUAAUGAAGUUCAAUGAAGCUAUAUUUAAGAAAAUUUGCUACUUUAGCUAGAACUUGAUUUUUUCAAGUAUGUAGGUUUCCUAGAACAUAUUGAAAUUUGACCAGACUACUGAAUGAUAUAGAAAACUAUUUGAAAUUCUUGUGGUAGAAAGACUUAAAAUUUUUUUAUUCACUCAGCAUUAGAAUUGUACGGACCUUUGAUGUUGAAACCCUAUAAAGCACAAAAAAGGAAGAAGGAAUCCUGUUAAGUUUAGCACUACAGGUUAAAAAUUUUUUUAAAUUAAAACUUCCAGCACUUAGUUGAAGUAACUAACAUCUAGAAAGGUAAAUCAGAUAUGGGUUUAAUUCCUUAAAAUUUUUUUCAUUAGAAGCUGUAUAAAUAGGGCAUUCCUCUGAGACCAGUUUUCACAUUUUCACUACUAUCAAAUACGUAGCAAAGUACCUUCUUCCAUUGUCUACUUUCAGCUAAUGAACAGCUGUCCUAAACUUGUUGUAUGUUACACAUACUGAUUAUGAACUACCUCUUCACCUAUUAUGAGGAAGUUUCCUUAAUAAAAGUGUGACAACUAAAAAA